ACUGGUUCCUCAAAAUAAUUGUCGAAUUCGAGGUUUACAUUUAGGGGUUUACAAUUAGGAGCACGAGGGCUUUGUUGUUCUGGUAGCAGUAUCUUUGAGAGGCUUCAUGCUUGCGGUGGUCGCCGUUGAGGUUCAGACGAGGAUUCCGGUGGGAUCAAGGCAAAAGCUUGAAUUUCAAUAUCUUCAGUUGGGGAUCUAAAGUGUUUGGUGGACAAAUAUUUCCGCUGUGACUAUUCUCUUCAGUAUCUUUUAGCUAUUCAUUGGGUGGGUGAAUUGCUAUUUUCUACAGUUCAGGCUAUAGUAGUCUUUAGUUAUUAGAGAAUGUCUGAUGCGGAAAGAUUAAGGUUUAAGUACAAUAAAAAGCUCAAAAUAGCAGCUGGAAAUUCCAAAUUUUCUAAUAGUGGAAGAAAGAGGGCUGAUGAUAAUGUCAAUGACAGUGACAAUGGUAGGAGAGAGAACUAUAAAUCUAGUGUAAGAGAUAUGAAAUUUCAUGAUGAGGGGAGUCGGGGAGUUUUUGAUAGAAGGAAGAGAACAUAUGUUGAUCGAGAUGCAGCUUGGGAGGCCAACAGUAAUGAGGAGGCACCUUAUAGGAAGGUUUUAUCUAAAAAAGGACAGAAUCAAUUGAAGUAUGGCUAUAUUAAUGAGAAGAACUACAGUAGAUCUCCCUCACGUCCUCGCUACAAGUGGGGUGCAAAUGAGAGUGGUUCUGCUACUAAACGGUUUUCUCCCAAGGAUAGAAGCACAAAAGUGUAUAAUAACUUUGGUGAUGAAAAAAAUAAUAGUAGGUUUCCUUCUCGUCCCCGUUCUAAGUGGGGCACUGAUGGAUUAGAGAAUUCUUCUGAAACUAACUGUUUUUCUCCCAAGCUUAGAACUGCAAAACCUUACAAUGAUACAAAAUUUAAGGGGGUUGAUGGUUUUGGUAAUGGAAAGAGAUCUCCUUCGCGUCCUCGCUCUACAUGGGGUACUGAUAUCACUGCUUCUGAAACUAAAGAGUUUUCUCCUAAGUUUAGAAGUGAAAAGCGUUCCAAUAAAACCAAAGUUAAGGAUGCUGCUGAGUUGGAUUCUGCUACAACAGAUGGUGGUCGGAGUGCUUCACUGGUGAAACAUAACCAGAUAAAACCAGACUCGAGAAAAUCCCCAAAUGUAUCACUUCCAAAUACUGUGAAGAAAAAAGCACGUGACAAGAAUAUCUCGGAUGAAGGAUCAGAGGUUCCUGAAGGUCAUUCAAAGAAGAAGCGAAUGCGAUUAGAUCCACAUGACAUUUCAAAUAAACGGCUUGAUGAUAGUGUUUCUACAAAAGAAAACCCAAAGGAGAAGGAAAAAGUUGUCGAGGAAAAAGCUGAGAUAUCAAAGAAUGCACAAUUUCGUGCAAUCCAACCAAGUCCUUCAAUCCUCUCCUAUGUCGAAGAUAAUUUGUUGGGCCGUAGACGCUUGAUUGAGCUGAGUAGGGCAGGCUACAACACUGAGCUUUCUGCACCAUUGGAUAAUACUCCUUUCUCUACCAGCUCUGAAAGAGAGCGGAUUGAGGAAAAUAUAUUUAGAAGUAAAUUGACAUUUUUUGCCGCUGCAAAAGUUUCAUCAUCAUUUCCUCCACCUGAUCUUCCAGAGAUUGCCUUUGCAGGAAGGUCGAAUGUUGGGAAAUCAUCACUACUCAAUGCCCUUACCAGAAAUUGGGGUGUUGCACGGACAUCAGAUAAACCUGGUCUUACUCAGAGUAUUAAUUUCUUUAAUCUGGGAUCAAGGCUAUGUUUAGUCGAUUUGCCUGGGUAUGGCUUUGCUUAUGCUAAAGAAGAGGUUAAGGAUGCUUGGGAGGAGCUUGUGAAGGAGUAUGUUUCCACAAGAGUUGGGCUAAAACGAGUGUGCUUACUUAUUGAUACCAAAUGGGGAAUGAAGCCAAGGGAUCGUGAACUCAUUGACCUGAUGGAAAGAUCUCAAACUAAGUAUCAGAUCUUAUUAACAAAGUCCGAUGCGGUUUUCCCAAUUGAUGUAGCACGCCGUGCGAUGCAAAUUGAAGAGAGCCUCAAGGCAAACAAGUCCGUGGUCCAACCUGUGAUGAUGAUGAGCUCGAGAAGUGGAGCUGGUAUACGAAGUUUACGAACAGUGCUGGCAAAAAUUGCUCGAGUUGCCAAAAUCUGAUGUGUAAUCAGGAUAGUGCUCUCAUCUUGGAAUCUGCAGGGUAAGCUGAAACCCUUAAAUUUGGAAGUCAAAAGGAACAAUGCCGCAGAAUUGCUUGCCUGCGCGAACAGAGUGCUAUAAUGCCAUUUUUCGACUUGCAGGCAAGAAAAGGAUGGCUGACUCGAAUUUCAUGUUGUGCAUUUGACAGUGAUGAGUGAUCUGUUAUGAAACUGACCUGUAAUUAGCCUUAUAUGUGCUUUGCAUGAUUCUCAGUGGUCAUGUUGAUGGAAAUUUAUUGGUUCAUCAAUUACUUUAAAAGAGGUCUAUGAUAACCCUUGAACUAAAUAAAAUUGCAAAGAGAAGAAUAGUUCUUGGUUUCUGGAUUAUAAAAGACUAGUUCUUGGUGAGUGGUUGAAAACUUGCAUUGGUUGUGAGAAAUAGUGGAAUCCAAUGCCAAUUUGCAACAUGGUGGACCUUUUAUUUUAUAGCUUUACUUCC